AUGAGGGACCUGAUACCAACUUGGGCCUGCGGCCUCCUCUCGCUUCAGGCCACCUUUUCGACAGCACUCUCCUUAGGCCCUCGCUCUGUCGCAUCGAGCAGCUUGGCUCAAAUCACCUCAUCCACGAAUGGCUAUACAGAACUAGAAAGCGGCGUCAGGAUAUACGGGACUUGGACGAGCAAUGCAGAGACAACAACCACCACCACCAUCAAGCGCCAGAGCAACCCAAGUGCAGCCGCCGCUGGGUGGUGCGGCGCUAGCAACAUCUUCAAUGAGGGUUCCAACAACUCCCCGCUCAUAAGCGACUGCCAGGUGAUUAUGGAUCAGGUGUACAGUCUUGCCCAGGCCAACAAUGCCUAUUUCGGCAGGUCGGAGUGCAACCCCGAUAGCAAGGGCCAGUUCACCUGCUAUUUCCCGGUGGUCUCGUACGGAACUUGCAUGUUCGGCGCGAGUACCAUAGACAGCGGCACCAGCAUCGCUGUGCGGAUAGGGUGGCAGGACGUUGGCGACCUCAUCAAGGACAGCAUCUCGCAAUGCGGAAACAAGCCGUCUUCUGGAAAAGUCGGCACGUCAGGUGAGAUGUCCUGUCCUGAGGAGAUUAAUGCGGCGACAAGUUAUGCGACGGGCUGGGGACUGUAUCAUUCAUGA